AUGUUAGAGGAGACGAGAAUUACGAGAGUUUUGCUGCGUUUUGACAAAAAAAAAAAGAGCUCGGACUCCAUUACUCUUGCUUCACUCUCUACAUCAGAUGAAAACAUCCCAUUGGCAACUGUACUAUAUGAAUUAAUACAACUUUCAACACCAGAAAAGAGCAAAGAUCUUCCAUCAAUUGUAGAAAACCUGGAAAGGACACUGUGGCAAAUGGAAAAAGUAAUAUCGAUUAAGCAGAAUGUGAAACUAAAAGAACGUAUCAAAGGGAAGGAGUUAAUAAGGCCUCAUUCGCCAAAAGUGAUUAGAAGCAAGACAAAGGAAGAUCCA